AUGGUAUCAAAAUCACUCCUGAAGCGGUUCAAGAGCCUUGAUGCUCAUGCUAAAACGUUGGAUGACUUUCGAGUUCGUACAGCAACGGGUGGCACUGUUACAAUGAUCAGCUUUGUCAUUAUUAUUGUUCUAUCUUUAUUUGAAUUAUUUAGAUAUCUGACACCGACUAUGCAUUCAGAGAUUAUGGUAGAUGGAGGAAAACAGGAAAAACUUCCUAUCUCUUUUGAUAUAACUUUCCCUCACCUUCCCUGUUACAUGCUCAGUUUGGAUAUCAUGGAUGAAAGUGGUGAGCAAAUUAGUGAAUAUGAACAUGAUGUAUAUAAAGAGAGACUUGAUUCCAGUGGAAAGCCAAUCUUGAAGGAAAAAUCAGAAGGUAGAAAUUCACAUCAAGAUUUAAGUAAUAAUGCUGCUCAAUUGGCUAUGGAAAAUGGUGAGAAUCAACCAGAAGAUUAUUGUGGACCUUGUUACGGAGCAAAUGUGGCAGGCGAGACAGAUCCUUGUUGUAACACUUGUGCUGAUGUUCAACGUGCGUACGCUGAUAUGGGAUGGAGUGCCAAUCCUGAUAAUUUUGAACAAUGUGUUAAAGAGAACUGGAAAGAAAAAACGAAUGCACAAUCGCGUGAAGGCUGUCGAAUGCACGGUACAUUAUCCGUGAAUAAAAUUCGUGGAAACUUUCACUUUUCAUCCGGCCGAGCUUUCAACCAAGGAGGAACCCAUAUCCAUGACAUGUCUUCAUUUUUGCAUAAUCAAUUUAAUCAGAAUUUUAUGCACGAGAUACAUCAUUUGCAAUUUGGCACACACGAAUACCAAGCUCACUUACAGAAGCGUACAAAACUGAAAAGUAUAAUCAACCCGUUAGAUAAGACGAAAUGGGGAAAUAUGGAUGCUGCUAUGAUGUACCAAUACUUUCUGAAAAUCGUUGCCUCCGAAUUUGAUUUCCUGACUGGAAAACAGGUUCGAACGUUCCAAUAUUCCGUUAGUAAGCAGGAUCAAGUCGUGACCCCUAGGGGUGGCCUUCCUGGAGUUUUCUUCAUGUUGGACCAUUCCCCAAUGCGUGUUCUCUACUCAGAAACACGACCAACGCUUGGAAGCCUCUUAACCAGCCUGUGUGCAAUUGUAGGUGGUGUCUUCAGCGUUGCUCAAAUUGUCGACAACAUCCUUUAUACAGCUGAGAAGAUAUCCAAACAAAGAAAAACGAUGUAA